GGAGGAGGAGGAGGAGGAGGAGGUGUUCAAGAUAGAUUUGGAGUCGCCGGACAAAUCAAGUUGGUCGUCGACAGUUUAAAGGAUAUGGUACACGAAUCCAAUAAUCUUGCCGUUUUCCAUUACGAAGACGCGCGGAAGAUCGCUAGUCGCAUGAACGAAGAUGCCGUUGCAAAAAUCAAUGGCAUAUUGGAAGUGGUAAACAUGAAGAUUUAUAACUGGAAGAGAAGAGCACGCGGUAAAGAUAUCCUUAAAUGUCUUAUUGACAUAGAAAAAAUAAGACGCGCAGCACUGGAAAUCAUUGACAAAGUCAUAAACUGCGUGUCGGAAGAAAUAAACAAGACAGCAGAAGUAGUUGACAGAAUUAUGAACCGAACGGACGAAUUCCUUCUCAAACUUGACAAUAUUAACAUAAGGGCAGCCCAAUGCACCGGAAAAAAUAUAUUUGAAUUCCAGAUAUGCUUGAAAACAGUACUCCUUGAUGCGCAACGACUGCAAAGAGAAGAAGUAUAUGUUGUGGUGAAGGAUAUCCGAGACCUCAUAGAAUUACUAAUCCAAGAAAAAGCAACAAUAACAAAAUGUUCCGUAAUCGAACUACUACCAAAAUUCAUAAGACUAGUAGCCGAAAUUUUAAGAGCAAUAGAAAUUUGUAUCGGAGAUUGCCAUCACGGAACUAAACCGCCCACAUCGAUGACACAUCAUCCAUCAACGAAAUCCUCUACUAUGAGACAGACUAAGCCAUCAGAACCUACUGAAGGAUCCCCAACGCCGUCAGAACCU